UAGAGCUAGUUAUGCACAGAGCUGUUUCAAUUUUUGCUUGCAUAGGAUUGAUAGUGAUGGUAUCAUUAAAGUAGCUGAUUUUGGCCUAUCAGAAGAUAUAUAUGAUCAAAACUACUUCAGACAGCUGAAAGAUUCCUCAUCAACCAUCAAACUACCAUUGAAAUGGAUGGCAAUAGAAAGUAUUCAUGAUGGACUCUUCUCUGAAAAAUCCGAUGUGUGGUCUUAUGGUGUAUUGUGCUGGGAAGUGUUCAAUCUUGGUAGGGUACCUUAUCCUGGUCUAGAUCCAGUAGGAGUAGUGGAGUUACUGGAUGCUGGAGGAAGACUGCAGAAUCCAAAUAAUGAAGCAUGCUCACAAAAAAUCUACUCACUAAUGAUGUCAUGUUGGUCUGAAUCACCUGAUGAUAGGCCAGUGUUCAGUGAUUUGGUAUCAUCAAUCAAUGCACUCAUUGGACCAUUGGCUGACUAUGUAUCUGGACUGCACUAACUUUAUACAAUAUUUGUCUACAUGAAGCUUUGCAGAAAAUAUAACUUUUUUAAUCAUUUGCCUUAUGGAUUAAGAAAAUAUCUGAUUUUUGCCACAUUUUUUAGAUCAAAUUUCAAAAUAGAA